UCUUUCCUUAGGUUACCCACAGCCCAGAUAUCUGGGCCUAUGUCGCGUUCUCGGCAGCAGCAGCUGGACCUGGUGGUGAGGCGCAGAUAGAUACAGCGGGGACGUCUGUGGACCCAGAUCUGGUUCGGGGGGCGAUCAGGAAUGCAUCUCAGAGGCGUCCCAGGACCCAGUGCCCUUUCCUCAGUAGGGGCUCCGCUGACAGAUUUCUGUCCCCUGUGUGCCUCUCUUGAAGAAACCAGGCAAAGCCUACGGUGAAACAGAGGUACAGAGAAGAAGACCCGAUUGAGGCAGAGGCAUUCCACUGGGGCUUCUUAGGACCGCAGCCUAGCCUGGGAGACGCAGAUUCAGGAGGCACUUGAAUGAUGUUCUGCUGCACUACAAAACGGAGGAAGGUUCUGAAGGCAAAACCUCCCAGGCCAUAGUUAGUUCCAUGAGUUGUGCGUCAAGAAUUCGGAUUGGAACUGCUCCAAAGCUUUCUCGUUCCGCGCCCUCCAGCGCUCAAGGUUCUGGUGGUGGCAGCAACCCAGUUCCAGGCGAGUCUGCCAAAACUCAUCAGAAAACAAAGGGGAGUGUGGUGCAUUUCCUGGGAUGCAGAUCAUGCUGAAAGAAAUAGGAACAGACGUUCCAUCCUAGGUGAAAGACACAGAAGGGAAAUGCCCAGUCCGGACCGGGAAUGGAAGGUCCUUGAUGAGGUGAAAAACAGAACAAAGCAAAGCAAUGGAAAUAGGGGAUGGCCAAGACUUCCCAAGAACAGAAGCACUGACCGGAGCCAAAAGGGGUUUAAGAAGGAAAAGCGAACCCAGUGCCAUGGAACGCGUGUACUGCAGAGGAGGAGGAGGAGAGAAUCAUGGAGAAGACGGAAGAGCACACACAAGCACAGAGAAGAGAGAGAGCGAGUCAGACAGGUGUGGAAUCGGGAUGCGGCCAGGAAGGAGGGAGGCAGAGGGUGCACCUCUGAGGCGGUGUUUGGAGAUUUCAGGGCUGAUAAUGACCCCAAGCCGUGCUUUGGACCACAGGGAGAACCCCCAGGGGGGGUCACGAUGAAGAAGUUCCUAUCCAGGACCACAGGAGGAGAUGUGCUGAGCCCCAACCCAUGCUCUCAGAAGCUUGCAGUCAGGGUGAGCCGACCCCAAACACCCAGAGAGAGCACUUUCCAACAGCAGAGGAUAGCCCCACCGCCCCCAUCCCAUCCCGGGGUCCCUACAUCCCAGCAAGAAGACUGGAAGCUAGCAAAUGAAGUGCUGGUAGGCCAAAACACACAGCUCAACUGGAAGUGGAUCGGUGGUGGUGAAUUUUCCAGAAGGUUGUAGUCGAGUGGAUCAUGCCUUGCCCAAGGGACUUUCCUCUUCCAGAUCAUGGCGCUGUGGUCGGGUUAGCGCGGCUUGUGGGAUCUUAGUGUCCCGACCAUGGAUUGAAACUCGGGCCCUCGGAAGCGCAGAGUAUUAACCACUGGACCGCCAGAGAAUUCCCUCUAACACAUGCAUCUUAAGGAAGCUGUUGGAAAAAGAACUUGAGCAGAAAUGAAAAAUUAGCAAAAAUUAACUUAAUUCCAGGAAACAGCAAUCCAAUUCAGGAAGACAGUGGAACCCGUCAGUCUCCAGAGGAGGCCUGUGAAGUGAACCGAAUCGCUGCUGCAGCUCUAAAAGCCAGGUUCUUUGAGGGGUUAACUCAAAUGAUUGAGGAGCUGCUGUGAAAUAAGCAUUUUUCUCUGUCUGCUGUGCAUACUGUCUCUUAAUCUUUGGAAAUGUCACGAACCAGCUUUGUGAUCCUUCACAGAAGGAUCUCUGGGUGUUAAUGAAAUACAACAUUGAAGAACUGCUCUUAGCUUCUGUGGACUCUGCUUCUCCAGCAAAUGACCCUUGAGAAAAACUAACCAGUUUCUUGCAAAUCUGAAAUCAUGGCUCAUGAUUUGGUGAUGUUCAGAGAUGUAACUGUAGACUUUUCUCAGGAAGAGUGGGAAUGUCUGAACUCAAAUCAGAGGAAUUUGUACAGAGAUGUGAUAUUAGAGAACUAUAGCAACCUGGUGUCACUGGGAGGAUGUUCCAUUUCUAAACCAGAUGUAAUUACUCUGUUAGAGCAAGGGAAAGAACCCUGGAUGGUUGUGAGGGAUGAGAAAAGAAGAUGGAGCCUAGAUUUGGAAUCCAGAUAUGACACUAAAAAGUUAUUUGAAGUAAAGGAUGUUUGUGAAAUGAAUGUAUCUCAGUGGGAGAUAAUGGAAAGAAUUAGAAGUUGUGGCCUUGAAGAUUCCUUUUUCAGGAAAGAUUGUGAAUAUAAAAAGUUUGAGGGACAGGAGGGUCCUCAGGAGGCGUAUUUCAGGCAAGUGAAAAAAACCACCUAUGAAAAAAUGCCCAAGAACAAAAAACGCACAUCUCUUACUCUGUAUCAGAGAAUUCACAAUAGAGAGAAACCCUAUGAAUGUGGGGAUUGUGGGAAGGCUUUUAGAGUACGCCAGCAACUCACUUUCCAUCAGAGAAUUCAUACUGGUGAGAAACCCUAUGAAUGUAAAGAAUGUGGAAAAGCCUUUAGACAGUGUGCCCACCUUAGUCGACAUCAGAGAAUUCAUGCUUCUGACAAACUCCUUGAAUGUAAAAGAUGUGGAAAAAUCUUUACAUGUGGUGCAGAUCUUCGUGUACAUCAGAGAAUUCAUGUUGGUGAGAAGCCCUAUGACUGUAAGGAAUGUGGGAAGGCCUUUAGAGUGCGAGGACAACUUAAUCUCCAUCAAAGGAUUCAUACUGGUGAGAAACCCUAUGAAUGUAAGGAAUGUGGGAAAACCUUUAGACAAUAUGCACACCUUACUCGACAUCAAAGACUUAAUAUUGCUGAGAAAUGCUAUGAAUGUAGGGAAUGUGGGCAGGCUUUUCUGUGUAGUACAGGCCUUAGAGUACAUCACAAACUUCAUACUGGUGAGAAACCCUAUGACUGUAAGGAGUGUGGGAAGGCCUUUAGAGUGCGGCAACAACUUACUCUCCAUCAGAGAAUUCAUACUGGCGAGAAACCCUAUGAUUGUAAGGAAUGUGGGAAGACCUUUAGUCGUGCCUAUCAUCUAACUCUCCAUCAGAGAAUUCAUACUGGUGAGAAACCUUAUGAAUGUAAGGAAUGUCAGAAGUUCUUUCGUCGUUACUCAGAACUUAUUUCACAUCAGGGUAUUCAUAUUGGAGAGAAACCCUAUGAUUGUAAGGAAUGUGGGAAGGCCUUCAGACUGUUCUCACAACUUACUCAACAUCAGAGUAUUCAUUUUGGUGAGAAACCUUAUAAAUGUAAGGAAUGUGAGAAGACUUUUAGACUGCUCUCCCAACUUACUCAGCAUCAGAGUAUUCAUACUGGUGAGAAACCCUAUGACUGUAAGGAAUGUGGAAAGGCCUUUAGACUCCAUUCAUCACUUAUUCAACAUCAGAGAAUUCAUUCUGGUGAGAAACCAUACAAAUGUAAGGAAUGUAAGAAGGCAUUUAGACAACAUUCACAUCUUACUUACCAUCAGCGAGUUCAUAAGGUCACUAAAUAAUUAUUAGAAAGCCAUCCAUUGUGAAUUUUGUGUGAAGGAGCAGUAUAAAAUAAAUUCUGGAGGAAAAGUGUUUGAA